AUGCAUUUGGUCCUAAUUGAGUUUCAGUACCUAGCAGUUUGCCACUGGUGUACCAACGGUGGUCCAGCAGGGGCAGGCCGCUGGUGGCUUGCCACCCAAGAAACGGCAGCAGACCGACAGCUUUUUUACGUUGGUCGGUUUGCCGAAGGUGCCCCGACGGUGGUCCGACCGCGUCAAGCCGCUGACUUCGUGCCACCCAAAAACCGCCGGCGGACCGUCAGGUCAUUGUUUGCUGGGGCGGUUUGCCACUGGUGUACCAACGGUGGUCCAGCAGGGGCAAGCCGCUGGUGGCUUGCCACCCAAGAAACGCCGGCAGACCGACAGCUUUUUUACGUUGGUCGGUUUGCCGAAGGUGCCCCGACGGUGGUCCGACCGUGUCAAGCCGCUGACUUCGUGCCGCCCAAAAACCGCCGGCGGACCGCCAGAGAACUUUUAGGGAACGUUGCGAAAGGUCCCGAGAACGUCACCUUCUACGUGGGUGUUGUGACACAUGAGCCAGUGUCAUUGAUAGAGGGAGAUAAUGUUACUCUACACACUAAUACUAAUGACCUACAGAGAGAUGAUCUGAUAGAGUGGAGGUUUGGAGAUAAACAGGAUCUCAUAGCAAGAAUCAACAGGGUCACCAAGUCACUCAAAAUAUAUGAUGAAAUAUUUGAUAAUGUUCUUGAUGGGAGAUUCAGAGGCAAACUGAAGAUGAAUAAUCAGACUGGAGAUCUCACCAUCGCAGAGAUCACAACUCAACACACUGGACUUUAUACACUAGACAUCAGCAGUGAGACUAUCAUGAUAAAGAUAUUCAGUGUCUCUGUGUUUGGUGAUAAUGUGAAGACCGUGAGGGUGGGACAUUCUGUCAUUCUACACAAUAAUGUUUCCAAGAAACCAGGAGAUGAGAAGAUUGUGUGGAGGAUUCAACACAACAACUCUCCUGUAGCUGAAAUAAUCAGAAAUGUAACAGAGUUAAGUUAUAAUGUUCAUGAUGGGAGAUUCAAAGACAGACUUCAGGUGGAUGAUCAGACUGGAGAUCUCAUCAUCACAAACAUCACAACUGAAGACUUUGGAUCUUAUGAAGUCAAUAUCACUGUCCGCAGUCACACGUAUACUAUACACAGAUCAUUCAGUGUCAAUGUCAAAGGUGAGUAG